CGUACGCGCCUUCGGCUCGCGAGCAGCUCUCUCUUCCCGAGCUUGCAUCGCUGUAUCUUUCUCCGACGACGAUCCUUGCUCUCUACUCCCGUAUAUACCUACCUCGUACAUACAUCGUUGAUUCGUCGUUGCGGCUCUCUCGAUUUCCGCGUCGUUCGCGCGCGCUUCGCUGCACCGCAUCGUAGCUGGACGACGAGCCGAGGAGGAGAGGACGUAUCCCACUGUUGUGCCGGCGAGUGCGCGAGCGCUUUGGAGGUUAUGUCGCUGGCGGCGACGGCGUCGCUGACGACUAUGCCGCGCUGAUAUGGAAGCGCGCCGAGACAGGCCCGGGGUCCCCAAAGGGGCCCCGAGGCCGGCUCGCUCGCGAGUGCGGCCCCCCUUGCAGCUCCAGAGGAUGAGGCUCGUCCUUGGAAUCGCGCUGGCGCUGCUCCUCGUCGCUGGACUGCCCCGUCAGGUCGACGCCGAGAAAAGCAAAGAAUAUUUGAUGAGCAACGUCUGCAAAAAUCACUUCCUGCGGGAUCUCUACAGGAAGAUCGAGGGCGCCGUUCUGACCUCGCAAAACGAGAGGAAUCUCGACUGCGCCAUUACCUUCCAAACCAACAGCAUACUCCAGCGAUUUAUGCUCAAGUUUGAUCGGCUGCAAUUGGACUGCAACGAUCACCUCUACAUUUACGAUGGAGCUCACUCCGUCGGCAGUUUCAAGGCGGACCUGUCCUGCCGGAACACGAUGCAGAGCGUCGGAGCAAUCUACACGCACACCAACUUCGUCACCCUGAAGUACGUGACGGACGCCUGGGGCACCGACACCAACGGAUUCCGGCUCGUUAUCACCGCCGUCAAAGAUCCCAAGCACGCCUGCAAGGAUUUCCGCUGCACGCUCAAGGAGUUCUGCAUAGACAACGACCUCGUCUGCGACGGUAUUAGUCACUGCGAGGACGGCUCCGACGAGGCAACCUCCACCGUCUGCGUCAACACGGAGGCGUCGACGAUCCUGGGGAUGGAGAGCACCUGGUUCGCGAUGAUGAUGGUCUGCCUGGUCCUGGCCACUGCCGGCCUCGUCACCGCCGGCAUCCUCUGCUUCUACAGGCAGCGCGUCCUCACGCCCAGACAUCUCCACAACGCGCACAACGUCCAGGGACAUCCGCCCGUCAGCUAUCCACGUGAGUCUCUGCAACUUUUCUUUUGCUCCUUCUCUUCACGUGCGUAGCUUGCACCGCAGUCUCUCUCUCUCUCUCUCUCUCUCUCUCUCUCUCUCUCUCUCAGCCCUCCACCGAGAUAGCGCAGAUUUUUUUCGCGAUCGCGAGGCGAGAGCGCGUCCCCGAGUAGAACGUCAAGGCGCAAGAGCUCUUACGGAUCGACUCCAGGCGACGCCGCUGCCGCACUCCCGGAGAUGGCCUGGCACCAGGGGCCCAGCGCCAGGCGGCUCAUCGGCCUCUCGCUCGCCUGCUUCAUCGUCUCCACGACGCUGCUGCACCAGGUGCUCAGCCAGAACCUCGGCUUCGAGGAGCGCGUCGAGGAGGGCCAGUACGCCCUGCUCCCCCGGGACUUCUUCAUCGGGCCCUGCCUCGUCAACACCAACCAGACCUGCCCCGACCCCGAGGUCACCUUCUACCUCUACACGCGCUCGAACCUCCGGCUGGCCCAGCAGAUCCUCGUCAACGCGACCGACUCGAACCUGGCCGAGACCUACUUCCGGCCCAACAAGCCCACCAAGAUCAUCGUGCACGGCUACAACUCGGACAUGCAGCUCGACUCGCUCGUCGACAUCCGCACGGAGUACCUGAAGAAGGGCAACAGCAACCUCAUCAUGGUCGACUGGCACAGGCUCGCCGCCGGGCCCUGCUACCCCAUAGCCGUGCACAACGUGCCCCACGUCGGCGCCUGCCUGGCCCAGAUGAUCCAGCGGCUCAGGGAGUUCGGCGCCGUGGACAUCCACGUGAUCGGCUUCUCGCUGGGCGCCCACGUGCCGGCCUACACCGCCAACAAGCUCCGGCCCUACAAGCUGCCCCGGGUCACCGGGCUCGACCCGGCCAUGCCGCUCUUCGUGACCGUCGGCAAGGACGAGAAGCUCGACGCCAGCGACGCCGAGUUCGUCGACGUCUUCCACACGAACGCCUUCGUCCAGGGCAAGAUCGAGCCCAGCGGCCACGUGGACUUUUACAUGAACGGCGGCGUGAACCAGCCCGGCUGCUGGGAGAAGAGGAACCCCUUCGGCUGCAACCACCACAGGGCCGCCAUGUACUUCGCCGAGAGCAUCAACAGCCAGCUCGGCUUCUGGGGCUGGCCCUGUCCCGGCUUCCUGGCCUACCUGCUCGGGCUCUGCCCGCCGAGGUUCCCCGCCAUUCUGGCCGGCGAGCCCGUCAACCGGAACUACCGAGGCUUCUUCCUCGUGAAAACGAAAGCCAAGAGCCCGUUCGCCGAGGGAAUAUUCACGCUCGAGCCGAUGCCCGGAAUGGAGACGUGA